UGUCAUCAUUUCGCGACGAAAUUUGGAAAUGGCGGUCGAAACAGGAGAACGAUGGAAACGGGAGCUCCCAAACCACGACAUAUUCAGCAAAUUACAACUUACAUCAGAACAUCAGGCGUAUAAAAGAUUUGCGAAAAAUCUCACAUUCUGUGUAGAUAGAGAUUUAUUUAUUUGGAAUGAUGCAGACUGUGUCUUCUACGCAACAAACCUGGGAGAGCUGAACAUCGAGGAGGGGCUGAACAGCUCAAAGCACCAGACUCUGCUGUGCAUCAACCCACCUAUGUUUGAAGUGUGUGAGGUGCUGCUGAGCCCCACGCAAUCCCACGUAGCCCUCAUAGGUCAACGGGGCAUCACGGUACUCGAACUACCCCAACGCUGGGGCAAGAAGUCCGAGUUUGAGGGUGGACGGAUUCAGAUCAAUUGCAAGACCAUACCUGUGGCAGAGCGGUUGUUCACCAGUUCAGUGUCGGUCACGCUCCGCCAGGCCGUGUGGUACCCCAGUGAAGCAGAGGAACCGCAUCUGGUGCUGCUGUCUUCAGAUAACACAGUCAGGUUCUACAGUCUUAAAGAACCCCAGACCCCAGCCAAGGUUCUCUCAGUGGCUCAGGCAGACGAUGAGAGUCGCACACAGACACGAGGGCGUUCUUAUGCAGCGUCUUUGGGUGAGAUCGCUGUGGCUUUUGACUUUGGGCCAUUGUCUGACACCUCCCGCCUCCUGACAAGCCAGCGUCUCAAAGAUGAGGUGAUUGUCUACCCCCUGUACAUCCUGUAUGAGAACGGAGAGACCUUCCUCAGCUAUGUCACACUAACCCACAGUGUUGGUUGCCUAGGAAAGAUCCUUGGUCCUCUACCCAUGAUUCCUGCAGCGGAAGAUAACUAUGGCUACGACGCCUGUGCACUGCUCUGUUUGCCGUGUGUGCCCAGCAUCCUGGUCAUCGCCACGGAAACGGGUACACUGUAUCACUGCAUCUUACUGGAAAGGGAUGAAGAUGAAGAUGGUGGCAUGGUGGAGAGGUGGUCGAGGGGCUCUGAAGUGGUGCCCUCUCUCUACGUGUUCGAGUGUGUGGAGCUGGAGCUCACCCUUAAACUGGCCCCCACAGAGGACGAGGAGCUGGUGGAGUCAGACUUCACCUGCCCAAUCAGAUUGCACAGAGAUUCCCUGUGCCAAUACAGGUACCACUGCACACAUGAAGCAGGUGUGCAUAGCGUGGGCCUCGCGUGGUUCAGCAAACUGCGCAAGUUCCUGCAGUCUGAUGAGGAGGACAAGGACAGCCUGCAGGAGUUUGCAGCAGAGCAGCGAUGUGUGGUUGAGCAUAUUCUGUGUACCAAGCCUCUCAACAACAGUCUGCCUGCACCAGUGCUUGGUUUCUGGAUCGUGUCGGACCUCUCUCUGGACGCCUGCAUGAUCUGCAUCACCAGCACCUACGAGUGCCUACUGCUCCCCCUACUGAGUGCCAUCCGGCCUGCCUCUCCUGCUCUGCUGUGCUCCCGCUCGGAGGCCGGACCUGUUGGCUCUCCUCUGCGCGGAUUGGCUGAAGACUCCCUGGAGCAGCACAUUCGCACCAUACUGCUGCGCAGCUCGGCCAAUCCGCUCGCACUGAGGACGGGGGUGCGGGGCGACUCCUCUCUGACCCCAGAGUGCCUCCAGCUGCUGAGCAGAGCCACGCAGGUGUUCCGGGAGGAGUACAUCCUCAAGCAGGACAUGGCCCGAGAGGAGAUGCAGAGGAGGGUGAAGCUCUUGACGGCUCAGAAGAACAAGCAGCUAGAGGACUUGGCCCUGUGCCGGGAGGACAGGAAAAGCCUUUGUGAAACUGCUGAGCGUUUGGCUGAUAAAUAUGAGGAUGCCAAAUACCGCCAGGAUGCCAUCAUGAAAAGGGUGAAGCGUAUCAUGAGCUGCCAGCGCAGUCAUCUUCCUGUAAUGUCCAACAGUGAGAAGGACAUGAAGAAGGAGAUGCAGACCAUCAAUGACCAGCUGCAUCACCUUAGCAACGGAAUCAAACAGGUGAACAUGAAGAUGGAGUACCAGAAGAAGCAGAUCAGCAAGGCAGUUUCUCCUGCCAAACCCAGCAUAGCACUGAAUGCCCAGCAGAGGAAGUAUGUGCAGGGGGUUCUCAAAGAACAGGGUGGACAGAUUGGAGAUAUGAUGAAACAGAUUAAGGAACUAAAGAACCAUGUCAGUUUCUGAUACCUGGAAGCAAAGCAGUGUUUCUUUUCUGUGGCCUUUAACCAAGCCAGUGGUAUAAGAAAACCGCUUCCAUGUUGACCAGGCUUUAAAGAGGACAAUGGACUCCAUGAAUUUGGUACAACUGGACACACACACUGACCCAGUCAAGACACAUAUAUAUUUUUUCCAGCCAGAUGUUUGACUACCAUAGAUGCUUUUCGUGUUUGUACAGAUUUGUGUAUUGUAUAAUUGGAGAUAUUCUGCAUUGUCUUUUUACUCGUAUGUUAUUUCUCAUCCGAGAGAAAAACAGUAAAUAAAAAUAAAGAAAGCUUGUUAUAUCAA